CCCAUCUUCAGUCACUACGUGAUCGUCGCGAUGUCCAACGGCACAAAUUGUUCCUAUUUGUGAAUUUGUCUCCGUCUGUGUCCUCGGGAAGUUGAGCACGCUCGCCACACCAACCUUUUUCUUCUUCUUCUUCACCUCCACCAAACACCAUCGACCAAAGGCGUCUAUCGCGUCGCCAUCCAUCGUCUCCUUCAGAUCUUCUCCUGCCUCGUCGAAAUUCAUUUAAAAUCUCUCUUUCUAGGUAUUGUUUUCAUCCGUUUCAGAGAUCGGCCUUCUUUCUAGCUCCUUUUUGUAUCCGUUCUUGCAUUGAGAUUUGUUUCUAGUCGCUCGACAACUGAUUGCAGCUGAGGUUGUGCGAGGUGCAGAGCUGAGAAGAAGAAACAACUAUGGCGGCGAUUGUGAAGCAAAUCUUUUCCCGCAGAUGCGCUGAUUCAUCGAGGAUCCGGGCUCAAUCCCUCCUUUACGCAUCCAGGAGAUGCUCUUCUGCUGCAAAAGAGAUGACAGUGCGAGAUGCUUUGAAUUCGGCACUUGAUGAAGAAAUGUCUGCGGAUCCUAAAGUAUUUUUGAUGGGUGAAGAGGUUGGUGAAUAUCAGGGAGCGUACAAGAUUUCGAAAGGUCUUCUCGAGAAGUAUGGUUCUGAAAGGGUUCUUGAUACUCCAAUUACAGAGGCUGGAUUUACUGGGAUUGGUGUUGGUGCUGCUUACCAUGGUCUGAAGCCGGUUAUAGAAUUUAUGACGUUUAACUUCUCCAUGCAGGCAAUUGACCACAUUAUUAAUUCUGCUGCGAAGUCAAACUACAUGUCUGCUGGUCAGAUAUCUGUGCCUAUAGUUUUCAGAGGACCAAAUGGUGCUGCUGCAGGAGUUGGUGCCCAACAUUCCCAGUGUUAUGCAGCAUGGUAUGCUUCAUGUCCGGGAUUGAAGGUUCUGGCACCAUACUCAUCGGAAGAUGCUCGAGGCUUGCUAAAAGCUGCUAUAAGGGACCCAGAUCCAGUUGUUUUCCUUGAAAAUGAGUUGAUGUAUGGUGAGUCCUUCCCUGUUUCAGCAGAAGUUCUGGAUUCUAGUUUCUGUCUUCCAAUUGGUAAAGCUAAGAUAGAACGUGAAGGAAAAGAUGUUACAAUUACUGCUUUCUCAAAGAUGGUUGGUUAUGCUCUUAAGGCUGCUGAAAUUCUUGCAAAGGAAGGAAUCGGUGCUGAGGUUAUAAAUCUCCGCUCAAUUCGCCCACUUGAUAGAUCCACAAUCCACGCUUCUGUCAGGAAGACCAAUAGACUUGUGACUGUGGAAGAAGGAUUUCCUCAGCACGGUGUUGGCGCUGAGAUUUGUGCAUCUGUUGUCGAGGAGAGUUUCGAGUAUCUUGAUGCACCUGUGGAGAGGAUUGCAGGGGCAGAUGUUCCCAUGCCUUACGCUGCAAAUCUUGAGAGGAUGGCCGUUCCACAGAUCGAAGAUAUAGUCCGAGCAGCAAAGAGAGCGUGUUACAGAUCAGUUCCAAUGGCGGCAGCAGCUUGAAAUUUCAGGGAAUAAUCUUGCUGGUCUCCCAUUAAUUGUAUUUUUGUCCGAGUUAUUCUUUGUCCACAUUUUUGUGUUGUACGCAGUUGACGUUAACCUGAGAAGGCGAUAGUCUGGCACAUCCACGUUCCUUGAGAAACAUCCAGCAGAAUAAGGAAUGAGAAGAUUGAAGGAUUGUUAACAUCUCUCUCCACCAUUCAGACAAAAUUGAAAAUGAUUUUGUAAGCUGACAGAAUAGACAACACGAAGGUUGAUUGAAUGAGGCUAUUCUUUUCUUAACUGUUCUUUCCUUUAUUUUUUUCCCCCCCUCUCUUUGGUAUAAUGAUCCUUUCAUUAUAAGAUUGGCUGCGCGUGGAGUUGGUUUGGUCGAUAAA